UCCAGUUCCAGUUUCCCCAUUCAGCCCAGCUCACUUCCAUUUCUUUUCCUUUCCUUUCCCCCCUUCCCAACACCUCAUCGUUUUCUUGUCGGUCCCUUGUCGUCUCUUUCGCACGGGUUGGAUCCUUCUCUAUUGAUUGUUUGUCAACAAGCCUUGCUUCACUCCGCCCGUCACAUCCUCGCCGCAGCGGACUAGUUCAGCUUGCCUCUUCUCCCUCCAUCUCAACUUGUCGAAAGACCCCAGACGUCACACAAAAUGAGUGCACGCGAUCUGGUCGAGGGGGAGGCCAUGAUUGAUGACGACGAAAAUGACGAGGAGUUGGCCGAUGACUACGACGGCGAUGUCCGUCAGGGUGCUGGCACCACUAACAACCAAUACGACUCCAGUGAAGAGGAAGAGGAGGACGACGAUGAUGAAGAAGCUGCCCGUGCGGUUCGUGAAGGCUUCAUUGUCGACGAGGAUGAAGAACUAGAGGAGCGCGCCGAGCGCCGACGGGAGAAGAGGAAGCAGAGGGAUCGCGAGCGCGAGGAAGAGCACCUGGAUGAAGAAGACUUGGAGCUUAUCGGCGAAUUACCUCCGAGGUUCCAAUCCUCAUCUGCAGCAGAGCCCAAAUUUAAGCGGCUCAAGCGUGGACACAAAGAUCGCGAUCUACGACAACCGUCUCAGGGAAUCGACGAUAUUUUCAAUUCCGAUGAGGACGAGGAACCGGCCGGCGACUAUGGACGGUCCGGCCACCGGAGAACCAUGCACGACGAGAUGGACGAUUUUAUCGAGGAGGAUGUCUUCUCCGACGAGGAAGUCCAGCGGGAGCGCGAAGACUAUGAGGUUGCCCGCACAUCCAAGGGUGGUCUGGGGGUCACUGAUGCGACUGGCCUAGAUGAAAACGCGCUCGACGAUAUGCGCGCCGCCUUCGGUGACGGCAACGAAUAUCUGUUCGCCCUGGAGAUGGAGGAACAAGAAGAAGAGCAGGAAGAGGACGAAGAGAAGCAUCUUGACCUCAAGGACGUUUUCGAACCGUCCCAGCUGGCCGAAAAGAUGUUGACCGAGGAGGAUAAUCAGAUCCGCUUACUGGAUGAGCCCGAGCGGCAUCAGAUCGCCCGCAAGCCUUAUCGCAAUAUCGUCUUGACGGAGGAGCAAUUUCGCGAGGAGGCGGCCUGGAUUUCGAACAUGAUGCUCCUAAAAAAGCGCAUUGACCCGGAGCUACGGGAUCCCUUCCAACGAUCAGUCGCCAAGGUGCUCGAAUUCCUUGUGACGGACGAUUGGGAGGUCCCUUUCAUCUUUCAGCAUCGGAAGGAUUAUAUGAUCCAUGCUGUGAAGGUCCCUAUUGAAGGGGCUGAACUCGAUGUCGAUGGCGCCCAAUACACCACUAAGGCCGAGAAGCUCCUUAACAUGACCGACCUCUGGGAAAUCUUCGACAAUGAUCUUAAGUUCAAAGCCCUCGUGGAGAAGCGUACCACAAUUCAAAAAACCUAUGAUAACCUGCAAAGUCUAUUCAACAUUAACGAUGACAUCGUUUAUGAAAUGCUGUCUACUGCCUCCAGCAUGGAAGAAUUGCAGGACGUGCAGGACUACAUUCACUUCCAAUAUGCCUCCCAUCUGCGCGAUGUGACCCUCGCGAACGGAGACAAGACUGGGGAGACCCAUCGGCGAAAAGCGACCAGCAAAUCAUUCUUUGAGCGCGUCCGGAACGGCAAGGCGUACGGCCUUGUCCAGGCGUUUGGCAUUACUGCCGAUGGCUUUGCCCAGAAUGCGCUGAAAGAAGGGCGCCGGCAAUACACCGAGGAUCCUGCCGAGCUCCCGGAAGCGCUAGCAGAUUCGUUUGUGGACAACGACUUCUCCAACUCGUCCCAUGUGCUCAAGGCCGCUAAGACCAUGUUCGCCGAGGAAAUCGUCAUGAGCCCAAAGAUGCGCAAGGUAGUCAGGCAGGCCUAUUACAUGAGCGGCGUGGUCGACUGCUUCCGCACCGAGAAGGGCUUGCGACGCAUUGAUGAGCAGCAUCCCUACUACGAAUUCAAAUAUCUCCGGAAUCAACAGUUGAGCGACAUUGCCCGCCGACCCGAGAUGUACCUGCGCAUGCUCAAGGCCGAAGAGGAAGGCCUGGUCGACGUCAAGAUUCGCUUUGAAAACUUUGACCACUUCCGUCAACGUCUAUACACAGACAUUGAAUCCGAUAACUACAGCGAGCUGGCGGACGUGUGGAAUCGCAACCGGCGUGACAUCGUGGAUCUGGCACUGGGUAAGUUGGAGCGGCUGAUCAACCGCAGUGUGAAGGAGAACCUCCGCCAAGAAUGCGAGAAUUCAGUGGCCAAGGAGUGCCGCGAGACCUUCUCUUACCGGCUAGACCAGGCUCCCUACAAGCCCAAGGGGAUGGUCCUAGGUACCGUACCGCGCGUGCUGACCCUUUCUACGGGCUCUGGGGUGGUGGGGCGGGAGCCCAUCCACUGGGCCUAUGUGGAGGAAGAUGGCAGGGUACUGGAGAACGGAAAAUUCAUGGACCUGUCCGUUGGAGAUCGCGAGCGCAAUGUGGCCGAUGGCAAGGAUGUGGAAGCCUUUACCAGUCUAGUCAGCCGUCGCCGCCCGGAUGUCAUUGGUGUCUCCGGUAGUACCCCGGAGACGCGUCGCCUGUACAAGCUCUUGACCGAGCUGGUGGACAAGCGGAAUCUGUGUGGCGCGCCCUACACCGAUGACCGGGACGAGACAGCGACUGAUCCCUUGGAGGUGGUCAUUGUUAAUGACGAAGUGGCCCGCUUGUAUCAACACAGUGAGCGCGCGAAGAAAGAUCAUCCGAGCUUUGGGCCCUUGACGCAUUACUGUGUCGCACUGGCCAAGUACCUGCAAAGCCCACUCAAGGAAUACGCUUCGCUCGGCCGUGACAUUGUGUCAAUCCAGUUCAAGCCGGGCCAGCAGCUUAUCUCCCAUGACUUGCUGUUGAAGCAACUGGAGACGGCCUUGGUCGAUAUGGUCAACCUGGUGGGCGUGGAUCUCAACGAAGCAGUGACAGAUCCGGCGACAGCCAAUUUGCUGCCCUAUGUUUGUGGUCUGGGACCACGCAAGGCAGCUCAUCUGCUGAAAAUUGUUAACAUGAACGGUGGUGUGGUGAACAACCGUGUCGAGCUGCUAGGUGUCAAUGCGCAGUACCCGGCCAUGGGCGUCAAAGUAUGGAACAACUGCGCCAGUUUCCUAUACAUCGACUUUGAGAACGCAGAUCCCGAUGCCGACCCGCUUGAUAACACCCGUGUACAUCCAGAAGACUACGACAUCGCGCGCAAGAUGGCGGCCGAUGCGUUGGAACUCGACGAGGAGGAUAUCAAGGCAGAAACCGACGAGAAUGGGUCGGGAGCGAUCGUACGCAAGCUCUUCCGCGAAGAAGCCCAAGAUCGUGUGAACGACCUGAUCUUGGAGGAAUACGCGGAGCAGCUGGAGAAGAACUUGAAUCAGCGCAAGCGGGCAACACUCGAAACGAUUCGAGCCGAACUGCAACAACCGUAUGAAGAACUGCGGAAACAAUAUGUCUUCCUCAGCACCGAAGAUAUCUUUACCAUGCUCACGGGCGAGACGUCAGAGACGCUCGCAGAGGGUAUGGUGGUCCCCAUCUCAAUCAAGCGGGUGAGCGAUGAUCACAUCGACGGCAAGCUGGACUGCGGCAUUGAUGCGCUGGUACCGGAAUCGGAGCUGACGGAUCGGUACGAUAUCCCUGUGCGAGCACUAUACCAGCCGCAUCAAACAGUGCCUGCUAAGGUCUUGUUCCUGAACCGGAAGACAUUUUCGUGUAACGUGUCGCUGCGAGAGGAGCAGGUCAGCCGGCCCACCAGAAGGACUCCGGGAGAUAGGAUGCAGGGCGAAUGGGACGAUAGGCAAGAACGUGAAGACCGAGAGGCUAUGCAAGAGACGACUCAAAGUGGCGGUCGGACGAUGCGCGUCAUCAAGCACCCAUUUUUCCGGUCGUUUAAUUCGACACAGGCUGAAGAGUUCCUGGGCUCGCAGAGUCGAGGCGACGUGGUCAUUCGGCCUUCAUCGAAAGGACCCGACCAUCUGGCCGUCACUUGGAAGGUGGCGGAUGGUGUCUUCCAGCAUAUCGAUGUGCUCGAGCUGGAUAAGGAGAACGAGUUCUCGGUUGGUCGGACGCUGAAGGUGGGCGGUCGCUAUACAUACAGUGAUCUGGACGACCUGAUCUUCAACCACGUCAAGGCGAUGUCCAAAAAGGUAGACGAGAUCAUGCUACAUGAGAAGUAUCAGGAUGGUACUCGAGAUGCUACUUACUCGUGGCUGGAGACAUACACCAAGGCCAACCCACGCCGAUCGGCGUACGCAUUCUGCCUGGAUCCCAAGCACGCCGGGUACUUUUUCCUGUGCUUCAAGGCGGGUGAGAACGCGCAGACGCACAGCUGGCCAGUGAAAGUGAUCCCUCAGGGAUAUGAAUUGCAGCGCAAUCCGUAUCCGGACAUGGGGGCCUUGUGCAACGGCUUCAAGCUGCUAUUCACCAACAUGCAGGCGGGUAGGCGUCGUUAAUUUUUUUUUCUCUCUCUUCUGACUUUUGUAUACUUUGUGUAAUACUUGGUUGGUGGCGGGUUGGAAGGAGGGGACAACUAUCUGGGGUUACUAUUCCACUUCUACCAUUCUCGCGUAUUUCAUUCCGGUUGCUUUUGGCAUUUAUUCUGAGGGUACUGCUUGGCUCAACUUGUUCUUACUAUCACCCACUUGUUCAUUACUUAUAUUUUCUUCUUCUUCUUCCUCUUCUUCUUCUUCUUCAUCAUCUAUAGUUUUCUAUAGUCGUGGAUGCAUUGGGUCG